AAUAUCCUCACCGCCGUUUUGAUUCCAUUGGCCUAUAAAUGUGGAACAAAUUGCCGUCCGCGCAUAGCUACCUCGUACUUAGAAUGUCUUACUGCUUUGACGGAUGAGGCAUUUUUUUGCUACCCUGUAUAUAUAACAACGUCUUACAGUUAGAAAUCCAUAAUUAUGUUGCAUGAUAAAGGAAACCAAUUUUAGACAUCCUGGAUAUAGUUUAGAUUUGUGUCGUUUUUUUUAUGAGCGGCAAUGAAUUUAUAUAAGGAUUCGGACUGGUUUUAUUGGUGAAGCUGGACUGCAAUUAGAGUUUAGAAACGAAGGUCCAUUAAUACGUAGUGCAGCGAAUUGAUCAUGUAUGUUCAUCAAUAUAAAAUGUAUUUAUAUAUGGCUUACACAAAGCAAAUAUCUGAAUUCAGCAUUAACCGAUAUUUAAUAUUUGAUAUGACUUCCUUUGUCAGUUACGAGCAGCGCCUUUGUUUUCAGAUAUUAAAAUAACAGCCUAUAUCCCCGAUCCCUUGCUGACGCCUUUGGUCGGGGACCCCUUUAUUAACGGGAGAUAGUUACUCGAUUCGAGAGCUAAAAUCAGCAUUAAAGGCAAAUUGUGCGGCUGUGGCUCCAGUCGCUUCAAGGAAACGCGAAGAUCGACGGCGUCCGGAAGACGCGUCUCCCAGCUAGAAACGUAAAACCUGCAGGGUCUUGGGUGUGAUCAACAGCUUUCUUGCUGCAUUUGUUUAAAUGUUUCAUGCGUCGUAGCAUUAAGCUGUUUAUGGGCACAGGGCAACGGGAAACAAAAGUCCGUCCCGUUGUAGCGACGUUUUGACACGGGGAUUUAGGUAUGAUGAAACAAAAGAACAAAGGAUGCCUUAGAAGAGAGACUGCUUUCAAGCUUGGAUUGUAUUUUUAAAAAGACCACUGCUGAUGGAUCUAUAUACCCGUGCCCCUUGAUCAUGAAACUUGAUUGAAGCUAUUAUCUUAUAAUCCCUCCAUCUAUGGCGAACUAUAGCCAUGCAGGUGACCACAACAUCUUGCAGAAUGUCUCUCCUCUCAUCACGUUCCUCAAACUGACCUCUCUGGGUUUCAUCAUCGGUGUUGGUGUGGUGGGCAACCUCCUGAUUGCUAUCCUGCUCAUCAAAGACAAAAGCUUGCAGAGAGCUCCCUACUAUUUCCUGCUGGACCUCUGUGUCUCAGAUGUGCUGCGGUCAGCUAUCUGUUUCCCGUUUGUGUUCACCUCCGUCAAAAAUGGGUCAGCGUGGACGUACGGCACGCUCACCUGCAAAGUGAUCGCCUUCCUGGGCGUGCUCUCCUGCUUCCACACGGCCUUCAUGCUCUUCUGUGUCAGCGUGACCCGCUACCUGGCCAUCGCGCACUACCGCUUCUACACCAAGAGGCUGACCUUCUGGACCUGCUUGGCCGUCAUCUGCAUGGUGUGGACGCUCUCGGUGGCCAUGGCCUUCCCGCCCGUGCUGGACGUGGGCACCUACUCCUUUAUCCGUGAGGAAGACCAGUGCACCUUCCAGCACCGAUCCUUCCGGGCCAACGACUCUCUGGGCUUCAUGCUCCUCCUGGCCCUCAUACUCCUGGCCACCCAGCUGGUAUACCUCAAGCUCAUCUUCUUUGUCCACGACCGGCGGAAGAUGAAGCCCGUCCAGUUCGUGCCGGCCGUCAGCCAGAAUUGGACCUUCCAUGGACCCGGGGCUAGCGGGCAGGCAGCCGCCAACUGGUUGGCGGGCUUCGGGCGGGGCCCAACCCCACCCACCUUGCUGGGGAUCCGGCAGAAUGCAAAUCCGGCAGGUCGGCGCCGCCUGCUAGUCCUGGACGAGUUCAAGACGGAGAAACGCAUCAGCAGGAUGUUCUACAUCAUGACGUUUUUCUUCCUGGCGUUGUGGGGACCCUACCUGGUGGCGUGCUACUGGAGGGUGUUCGCCAGGGCCCUGUCUGUGCCGGGGGGCUACCUGACGGCGGCUGUGUGGAUGAGUUUCGCCCAGGCUGGGGUCAACCCCUUCAUCUGCAUUUUCUCCAAUCGCGAGCUCAGGCGCUGUUUCAGCACCACGCUCCUGUACUGCAGGAAAUCCCGGUUACCGAGGGAACCCUACUGUGUUAUAUGAGAGUUUUAGCUCCUCAUGUUGAUCGCUGGUUAUUCUCCCUACUCAACUCUUUCUCAACUUUUCAACAGACGGAAGGGUGGACUGUCAAUCGGUCACCUUAAAUAAAGACAUACGAGAUUUAAGAACCUUUUUUGGAAAGGGCCACGAGAUGUUCGCGUGUAUGUACAGACAGUGGAAAGAGCUGCGUUUAUGUUCUAGUAAACCGUUACUGUGGAAGGCCGUUGGAUCCAACUACAGAAGAACGUCAACCCAAAAGGCUUGACCCCCCCCCCUUAUGCAUUGGAUACUUAUUGACUAUUUAGUGAGUUAAAAAAAAAAAAAAAAACAAAUACCUCUGAGGAAUUAUUGGAUUUGUUUUACAACCAACCAAGUUGCACUAAGAAGACUAACGAGGAUUUUUAUUGCUCAGUGACGAUGUACGUUGAGUUUUAGACGGAAUGCGGCGUGCUUUAUCACACAAAAGACGUUUCAUGUGUGGUGGGAGUAGCAGAGUGUGUCCUCUGACCAACACUGCAGGAAUUUACCUUCACAAGAGGAAUUAAAAAAAAAAAUCAAUGUAAGUGUUUUUUUAAUUUUUUGGGGGGUGGGGUGGGGUAUUAAGGGUUACCUUUGUGUGUUGUUGAAACUGCAACUUAAUUAGAAUCUAUUUAUUGUAGUUUUAAUAUUCAUAUUUCCAUUUUGACCGGCAUUAUUUUUCUCUACGAUUUUUUAUAUGGAAACGAGCCGACGAUGUCAGGUGAAAAAUUGCUUUUGAGAACAAACCCAAAUAAACAAUGGAAAAAAAAUUGUUAAAUGUAUCAUAGUCGUCCAUUUCCGUGCCCUGCCACAGAAAUGUAGUUACAGUUUUGGUGAUACAACUCUGGGUAUUCUUGCCUUAAUGGUCAUCAUUAUGUUUUUUUUCCUUCUCCUUUGGUUUGAGGAAAGCUCUAGGAAUAAAGAUGCUCUUUUGCGACAGCUUGAAAAGCAAGACUGUUUGAAAACUUGUUGCUCCCUGGUUGGGUCAUUACUGAGCUACAAUACAGUAACACUGGCCUGACUUUCAAAGCAGUGACAUUUCUGUCCCAGUACACCUAAAAUGGGGGGGGGGCAUGGGUGUUGCUAUGAGCUGGACAUUUGCCAUGUAAAGACCAGAGCCUUAGUUUGAUAUCUUGCACAAACCUUGUAAAAAAAACUAAUAAGGACAGAACGUUAAAAAGGUUCAUGUAUCAAAGGUACACUGUUCUGUUUAUACUUUCCGUAGAUUUGCUCUCUACUGAUUAUUUUAAUUAACUUUUUUUUUUCUUGUGGCCAUUUUGAUAUUUAUUCUUUUUGUAUUUUAAAGGUAGUUAGAGUGUAAGUGUGUUCGUCCUUUAAUUUGGAGGAUCCCGAAUUGGGCUGCCGUUUGAAGAUUGCAUUUGCCAAAAGAUACCUGUGUAAUCUGUUGCUUACAUUUUUGAAAAUAAAAUUUGACAUUUUGAAAA